AUGAGAUAAACUGAAGAAAGAAUAGCUCUUUCCUUUUGAGAUGCUUUCAAUGUGCACUUAUGUCAAUUAACGAUGGAAAUACCUCAUUGGAAUUUGGCUCAUUAUAGAAAUCGUGUAGACUUUUUCAAUAGCAAGGCUGAACCAUUGAAGUAUCAAGUGCUUUUCGUUAGCUUCAAGAAAUAGCCUAUCAAGAAUCAAUUAUGAAAGUAAGCUUCAAAUGGAAGUAGGCCUCAUUGUAAUAUCUGUUCUCGCUUCGGUUACAAACGCUGCGGUAAUCAUUAUGGUAAUCGCUAUCAAAGAACUCAGGACUUUCAAUAAUGUCUUUGUUGCAUCUCUAGCUGUGUCUGACAUGUUGACUGGUGCAGUUCUAGUACCACUUCAUUUGGCAGAUCACUAUGAAGUGUCAGGAUUUUUGAGUUUUACAAUCAUGAUAUCGGGGGUAUUGAAUCUUUGCGCAGUGACGUGGGAUAGAUACGUGGCUGUUACGGAUCCAUUUGGAUACAAAGAUAAACUACAGAAAUGCCACGGAAAACUGCUUUUCGCAAUCUGGACGACAGCAAGCUUGUCCACCCUGAUUCCACUAGCUUGGGAUAACGAUAUCACUACAGAGUACCAUAAAUGGUUCCUUAUUUUGUCGUUAUUGAUACUCGUACUUAUCCCUUAUGGUUUUAUUGUCGCUGCGUACGUACGUAUUUGGUUACGUCUGCGAUCGCACGCCGCACAGAUGAAGCAAGUUAGCAUAAGCAACGAGCAGAGAGAAGGAGCAAGAAGAGCAUCACUCGAGGGUAAGACGGUCAAGGUGUUCCUGGUAGUGGUGUCUGUGUUCCUGGUCAGCUGGCUUCCUGUCAUUUACAUGACCACUGUAGGGUUGAUGCUUGGCAGACUAGAUCUCAUUCCUCCGCAUCUUUCCAUGCUAUCAUGGUAUACCAUUACCGGGUCGUCAUUGAUCAAUCCAAUACUUUACGGCAUCAUGAAGAGAGAUUUUUAUGUCCAGUUCCGUCGUCUUUGUUCGUCAAUAGUGGAUCCUUGGACAUCACCAACUUAAACAGUCUUUAAAAGACUAAAGCUUGGCCAUUGAGUUACUCAUAGGAAAAGUUUACAAGUAACCCCAGCAACAGCAUCUGAUUGGAUACAGAAUCGAAUAUUAGUUCGAGGAGACACUUUACCCCAUUAAUUGCUGGUUAGGCAUCUGGAUAAAAACCUUGCAUUUAAAAUUUUAAAAUGUCUCGUCAAAGGACACAAUUCAAUAAGUUGUCAAAACUAUGAUAUUUUUUAAUCUUCAGUUAAAUGAAUAUUUUCCUAAACCUCAAUUCAAGGGAAAAAAACACUUGGUUCUGUUCAAUUUUUGUUGUUGUUGUUGUUGCUGUUGUUACUGUUGACAGCAGCCCCAUCUUUUUGAACUGAAAAAAGGCAGUGCAAAAUUCAGUUAAGCCUAGAAGACUUGAAAUUCAGUGAAAAACUAUAGCAACCUCUCUUUAUUUAUAAAACAUUGCUCCACAUUAUCAUUGACACUGUUUUAGAUGCCCAGAUGUUCAAUUUGUUUGCUUCAUUUGAAUUGCUCUGUCAAAUCAACCUUCAGUGUUGUUAAGCUUUUCGG